AUGAGUUCGUCAAGUAGUUCACCAUCGAAAUCCAACGCUCUCGAAACAAUUAAAACCUAUCGUGUCUCAGAGUUACAAGCCUUACUCCAUUUUGCUGAUCUUUCUCGCCAAGGACAAAAACGUGAUUUACUUCAACGCUGUAAAAUACUCAUCAGUUCAAAUUUUACUCCACAGUUAGCAAAUAAAAUCCAACAAAUCAAUAAUACUCGAACACGCUCAUCUCGAUCAAAUCAUGUGUCGUCGUCAACAUCAUCAUCCUCUCGACAUCAACCAAUUGUUCUCCCGAAAACACCACCCAUCGAAGUCCUCCCACAACCAAACCACAUUCAGUUCACAAGUUUACCAUUCUUCGAAAAAAUGCGUACAAUUGAAUGUGCAAAUAUGCCUAUUGAUUGGCAUACAUUUACUCCGAUUCGUUUUGUCUUGAAUGAAACAGAUAUUGAUUUGAUACGGAAAAAUACGGCGAAAGUUUUUCUUCGUAUUGCACCAACAGUCGUUUCGGAAAGGCAUAACGAUAUUUUACCACCAUAUUUAUUCGUGCAGUGCAAUAAUCAACCUGUUAUUAAUAACAAUGUGUCCAAACAAGUCGGUUCGCAAGCACAUUCGAUAUCAUUUCCCACAGAUUUGACAGAUAAAAUCAUAUUGAAAGCAAAUGCCAGUAAUACGUUGACAUUUGUUUGGUUACAAUCACCAACGACAAUGUCGUUUAAAAAUCUACCUCGAUCGUAUACAUUGGCGAUUCAUUUAGUGCAUUGCGUCUCAAUGAAUACCAUUUUCGAUCUAAUUGUUAAACGAGAACCAUUUAUUAACAAAACAGAUCAUGACAGUGACAUCGAAAUCGAAGAUUUAGGAUUAAUGACAACGCGGCAUCGAGUAUCAUUAAUUUGUCCAAUAUCACAAGCAUUGAUCGUUGUACCGGCAAAAUCGGCGCAUUGCUCACACCCAACGUGUUUUGAUUUGAAAUCUUUCUUACAAAUGAAUCAACGACGUUUGCAAUGGACAUGUCCAUUAUGUAAAAAAUCGGCAUCGUACGAUUCACUAAGAGUUGAUGCACAUUUGCACAAUGUUCUUGCGAAUGUUCCACCACAUUGUUCAACAGUGGAAAUCGAUUCAGCAGCUGGUUGUCAAUAUAUAUUAGAUAGUGUAAAACAAGAAAAAUUCGAUGUGAUCGCUCCGACGCAUGCACAGAUCAAUCCUGAAGAUGCGGAAGUAUACAAUUCGUCGACGAGAUCUCGUCGUCAAUCUGCUGAAAGUGAUUGUAUUGUUCUUUCAUCUGGUAGUGAAAGUGAAGAUGAAACAAAUGAUUCUUCACCGAUUGUUUCUCCUACACAUCAACAAAACGGUGAGAUCAAUAAACUCUCUGAUACACCAGAUCAAUCGUCUCACUCGACAAAUUCAAUCCCUUCUCCAAGCAUAUCCAACACCGACGAUGUGAAUUAUUGGGACGACGUUGCUCAAAUCACAUACGAACUAUCACCCAACCGAACUGAUGAAAAUUGUAAUCGAAAGCGUUCGAAUAGUUCCUCAUCAUCUGUCUUAUCCUCAGCAUCGCUGUCUUCAUCAACAGCAUCAGCAUCGUCAAAAUCACAUGAUGAUCGUCAUCGCAGGAAAAGAAACAAACAAUCGUCAACAUCCAAGACGCAAACAGCUGAUAUAGAAAUUAUCACACUUUCCUCAAGUGACAGUAGUAAUGAUGAUGAUCAACUAACAUAG